AUGUCUUCCGUUCCAAACGGUGCAGACAUCUCUGCUGGUACUCACCCGGAUCUGUCGCUCGGGUCGUUCGUAUCAGACACACCCCUUCCACGUGCGCGACGUCCAAGACAAAGCGUACCAGGAGGAAAAGGCGCUGCUUUAUCUUUGAGAGAUCAAGAAAAGCACAUUGACUCUCUCAAAAAAGAAAACUUUAACAUCAAACUGCGCGUCCAUUUUCUCGAGGAGCGUCUUGCGCAACUUGCACCAGACCAGAUCGAUGCUGCUCUCAAACAGAACAUUAAUCUCAAGAUUGAGGUCCAGCAACGUGGUCUUGAGAUUAAGAAACUCAAGAAACUCGUCUUGGAGCUUGAGCGUGAGUUGGAGCGUCUUCAGCGUGGCUCAACGCGCGACCAUGAUCUUGAGUCGCGACUUCACGAGCGCGAACGCGAUUUGGAGACUCAGCUACAUGAACGGGAACGGGAUCUUGAGAUGCAGCUUCAAGAGCGCGAGCAUGAGAUCAGGGAGUUGAGGAAGGCCCAGGUUAUCAUCGAGCGCAGUGGUGAUGACUCCGUAGAUCCCAUUUAUGCACGAAAAAUUGAGGAUCUGCGUGCGGAGAAUGAAGAACUUCGUCGUGAGCUCGAGCAGCGCGAUCAACUUCUCAUUCGACGGAGAGAAGCGGAGAGCAUUGAAAGGAGUGAGAGUCGGGCUCAGAUACUUGAGGAGAGAGAGGAACGCGAGGCUGUGGAGGACGAUCUCAAUGCAAUCCGGGACAAGCUUGCUGCCGCUACCAUCGAACUACAACAGAAGGAGGACGAAUUGGAGCUCAAGAACAAAGAGAUUGACGAUUUAAUCCAGGAACAUGAUCGCGUCGUUGAUGUUGUCGAGGAGGAGUGGAGGGGUGAAGUCGAGGAGGCCAGGAGUCAGGUCGAAGAGCUCAGAGAUGUUCUUGCAGAACGCGAAAACGAAGCAAGAGAACUCCGCCUCAAUAUCACAGAGCUUGAAGCCAAUACCAACGACCUCCAUGCUAAGUUCGAAGCCACACUCGCACACCUCGAACAAGAAGCGGAAGACAAAGAUGCCGAGCUCCGCGCUGCGAAUGAGGAGAUUGAGCAACUCGGAAAGCAAGUAUAUGCGCUCGAGGAAGACGCAGAUCGCAUGGCUGAGGAUCACGAACGUCAGAGAGAGGAGGACGCAGUCGAGCGCGAAACGCUAGAAGCACUCGCAUCUGCACUCAAAGAUGAAGAAUUAGCGGGGCACAUCGAAGACCUAGUAACUCAAGUGAAACACGAGCAAGAAGCUCGGGAGAGUCUUGAGCGCGAGUUCGACGAUGUAGAGAAGACACACGAGUCUGAGCUUCGACGCGAACGUCGUGCACUCGAAGACAAAGACUCUGCACUGCGUAGCGCCCUCGAUGACCUCUCGCGCGCACAGUCCCUCCUCACACAACGCCAAUGGCGACCUCGAAGCCACAUGGAGCAACGGUCUAAAGAGCUAGGGGAGACCCAUACAACCGCACGGUUCUCAUUGCAGCUAGAAGUUGACAGGCUGAAACGUGAUGUCGACCGCUUAGAGGACGAACUAUCUCGUACGAGGAAAGAUGUCGGCGACCGAGAGGGUACGACUCGUGAUCGUGAAGAUCUGAUUCAUAAAUUGCAGCUCGAAGUACAACAGCUCACCACACAACUCAACACCCAAACUCAAGCACGUCUUAGUCUCUCAGAGAAACUUGACAACGCGCAAAGCAGUCUCAAGACUGCUGAGGCAGAGUUGUUUGGGCAUAAGACGAGAGUGAACGAGCUGGAGACGCGAUUAUCUAAGGACCAGCGGACGUUAUUGAGUGCCGAGAACCAGUAUCGUGAUCAGCUUACAGAGCGAAACACAUUGCUGCUUACGAUAUAUCAAUACAUGGAUAAGAUUCUCGGCGUGGAUAAGACUCCCAAGAAAGGCAAUCAAGCAGAAACGAAGCCCUUCACCAAUUUCAGUGUUUUCCACGACAACCUCAUCACACGACUCAAAGCUCUAUCCCAGAUCCAACUCGACUUUGAAAAACGCGUCAAAGAUGCGGAAGGGAAAUUCACCGAGAAACUUGCUGAGAUGCGGAGGCAGCUUGAUGUGCGGUGGAAACAGAUCGACAAGUUUGAGUCGAGCGUGAAGGCAUACGGUGAGGCAAAGGCUACGUGGAGACGGAAGUUUACUGCAAAGGAAGGGGAGAUUGAGGGGUUGAAGGCUACUAACGCAGAAUUGACCUCACAACUAACGAUAUCCCGACGACCGACCCAAGGCGACUCCCAAGAAACAAAGACGCUUCUUUCCCGUGCAGUAAAUGCCGAGAAACGUCUCGUGGUGGUUCAAAACCAGCUCCUCCUGAGCGAGGAAAAGAUUUCGAAUAUAAACCAAAAGACGAAUACGGCUGAUCAGAAGUGGGAGGCGAGAGUGAAGGAGUAUGAGUCAAGGUUGAGGGCGGGAGAGGAGAAAUAUAAAAGGGAGAGGCAGGGGGCGAAGGAGAGGGUGUUGGAGUUGGAGAAUCAGAUGAGGAGUCUAGAACGCCAGAACGAACUCGCUCAAAAACGGAAUGCGCAACUGGAUAAUGUGGCAGAAACAAAUAAAGCUCCUGCACGGUCCCGGUAA